AUGUACAAUAGCUCAUGGGCACCGAACGAAACCUCUUAUCAAAUCUUCAAUGAGGACAUGUGGCUCACAGGGGCAUUGAUCAGCAACGUUGCCUAUGGCGUCGUACUCACCUUGUUUGUGAUGUGCUUCUAUCUGCUAGUGAAGGAGAUCAACCAUCGCAACAUGCGGAGACAAAUCUUCCUUUUGACAUUCAUUUCCAUCAUAUUCACCUUCGGUUCGCUUUUCGUCGGUGGCAACUCGAAGUUUACUCAGCAAGCGUUCGUUGAAUACCGCAACUUUCCCGGAGGCCCUGCUGCAUUUGAAGAAGCCAUGUUCAGCGACCCCGUGAACGAGAUUUCCACCGUCGCAUUCAUCGUUGGAAACUGGUUCAUGGAUGCGUUUCUGGUCUGGCGCUUUCUCGUCAUCUACAAGAACACGUCGAGGCGUUGGACCACCCUCCUCUUGGUAUUGCCCUGUCUAAUGCUACUUGCAUCGAUAGCCUUGGGGAUCGCGGCACUGGUCGGUAUCAGGAACUCGUCGCCUUUUGCAAUCGUCGACAUUACCCUCUCGUACUACGUCAUGUCCCUCGCGCUCAACAUCGUGGUCACGUUCCUUAUCGCGGGACGACUCCUUGUCUACCGAUACCAGACGAGCAAGGUCAUGGGGGCACAGCACACAUCGACCUACGUCAAUAUCGUCGCCAUUGUUGUCGAAUCCGCCGCGCUCUACAUCAGGAAAAGGCCCUUUUCAGAAUAUGUCAAAUUGCGGAGUAUUGGAAUUAGCUACCCCCCUAAACUUCUGUACGAAUUUCUUGCGAAUUUCAGACAAUAUAUUGACUAUGAACAUUAG